AUGUCCCUGACGCUGAUCCUCAAUGACCCUUUUGACUUUGACUGUGGAGUGACUUGUAUACUGUUGAACAAAGACUCGUAUAUGAGCCUUGCCCACAUCCCACCACUGACUCAGGGACUCAAAGUCGCUCUUCUUUUCUCUCCAGAUCCCCCAGAAUGCCUCAAACUUCUGACAGAAAUCACUGUCCUGAAGCAUCUUAACGUUGAAGUGCCAGACCUGGAGCACCCACACCUGGACUUCAUCAGUGAGCCUGUGGAGCUGCACAUGAACCCCCAGAACCAGAGCCUCUUCGUGUCGUUAUCUUAUGACAGUCCUCCUUUGUCUUGGCUGGCAGUCUGGAACCUGCUAAAACAGGAGCGGAGGCAGCAGGGGGCCUCGCUGCACUGGCUGCUGCAGGCUGCAGGGGUCUCCACGCUGGGCCAGGUGGUGGAGCUGGCCGGACCCCAGCUGAAGGACCCCACUGGGCUGCCAGCUCACCCGGUCUCCCUGGAGGGAGCCUCGGGAAAGACCUUCUAUAAACUAAUGUGGAAGGACGAGGAGGACAUCCUGCUGUCUCUAGAGACCCCUCAGUUGGGGGCCUUUGAGCCUCUGGUGAACGAAGCAACGUAUCCUGUCAGUGUGAAGGUGUCUAACCAUAAUAAUCUUGUGUUUCAGGUGAUGCUAACGUGUGUUUUGCUGAGCGGACGAGUUUCUCCGGCUGAGUUAACUUGUGAAGCGCUGAUCCUGCUGUCAACCAACCUCUCAGCGAGGACGCUGGCGUUACUGAACCAGACCUUCACCAUCAGUAACACCUCAGGUCUGUAUUGUGAUCUCUCUGUGGACGGUAUAGGAACCUGUUGGCCUCGUAGUGCAGCAGGUCAGCUGAUCUCUAGAGCCUGUCCUGAAAAGUUCAACGGCAUCCACUACAAUACCACCAACCGGGUGUACAGAGAGUGUCAGUCUAACGGCAGCUGGGCUCCUCGAGGAAACUACAGUCAGUGCACCGAGAUCAUCAUCCUGAGGAAGAGUAAAGUUCACUAUCAGGUGGCUGUGAUCAUCAACUACCUUGGUCACUGCAUCUCUCUGGGAGCUCUGCUGCUCGCCUUCACCCUUUUCAUGAGACUCAGGAGCAUUCGAUGUCUGAGGAACAUCAUCCACUGGAACCUCAUCUCAGCGUUCAUCUUGAGGAACGCCACGUGGUUCAUCGUCCAGUUAACGAUGAACCCUGCCGUUACCGAGAGCAAUCAGGUGUGGUGCAGGUUGGUGACAGCAGGUUAUAAUUAUUUCCACGUGACCAACUUCUUCUGGAUGUUUGGUGAAGGUUGUUAUCUCCACACGGCCGUGGUCCUCACCUACUCCACCGACCGGCUCCGCAAGUGGAUGUUCAUCUGCAUCGGCUGGGGUAUUCCAUUUCCCAUCAUCGUGGCCUGGGCUUUCGGGAAGCUUUACUACGACAAUGAGAAGUGCUGGUUUGGAAAGAAGGCCGGUGUUUAUACGGACUACAUCUACCAAGGCCCCAUGAUCCUCGUCCUGCUGAUUAACUUUGUCUUCCUGUUCAACAUUGUUCGGAUCCUGAUGACCAAACUGAGGGCAUCGACCACCUCAGAGACAAUCCAGUACAGGAAGGCGGUGAAGGCGACUCUGGUGCUGCUGCCUCUUUUAGGAAUCACCUACAUGUUGUUCUUUGUGAAUCCUGGAGGAGAAGACGAGGUCGCUCAGAUCGUCUUCAUCUACUUCAACUCCAUACUGGAGUCCUUUCAGGGUUUCUUUGUUUCUGUUUUCUAUUGUUUUCUCAACAGUGAGGUGAGGUCUGCUGUCAGGAAGCGCUGGAUUCGUUGGCAGGACCGUCACUCCUUCCGGAGCCGGGCAGUGCGCGCCACUUCGUUGCCCACAUCACCGAGCAGAGUGUCCUUCCACAGCAUCAACCAGUCCUCCAACCUCUGACCUCGGACUCUGUCACACACUCAUCCAGCUACAGUGGAUGAUAUCACUAUAGCUAACCACUCAGAUGGAUCAGAUCAGACAGUCACAUCAGACGGAGAUCUUUACGUGCUGACCAAUAAGCUGCUUCUUCAGGGUCACUGACGCGUUCCAUAUCAGGCAGCUGGACAGAUGUUCUAUAAUCACCAGAUUUAUUUAUUCAUUGAUGAGCUAUGAAUGUCUACAUUGGAAUAUUGAUCACCACCUUCUUCUAACACUUCUACACAAAAAUGUGUAUGAUAUAUAAAAAACUAGUUGCACACUAUUCAAAAAUCUGAAAUUAUAACAGUUUGUUUUGAGGUUAUGGGACAUUUUGAGACAUUCUGUGGAGGCAGCAAAACUACAAAAUCCAGGAAUUCAUGU